GUACUAUGCAACGCGGGAAAUCUAUUGGUCUUAGAAAUUACAUAUGUUCAUUAUUAUAAUGGAAAUGAUCCCAGAUAAAAAGGUUAUGGUAACAUUUUAGUGAAAGGUGUAUCGUCUUCUGUCGUUGAUUUGACUUUUCACUAGUGUUGCUGGGUCUGCAAAGUCUUUACAGUAAUCCAUGGACAGGGCGUUAAUAGACUCGGGGAGUGCCUCCCUCUCCAUGUGAUGAUUACUCAAGCAAGGGUGUUAACCAGGUUGAUAACCCAGCCUGUGAUUCGCAUCUCCUCUCGUGCGUCUAUGGAUAUGAGUUUCCGGAGAGGCCAGAUCCACAAAGUUCUGUGUGUCGCAGAAAAGAAUGAUGCAGCGAAAGGGAUUGCAGAUCUUAUGUCAAACAGUCGGAUGAGGAGGAGAGAAGGUUUCUCCAAAUUUAACAAGAUUUAUGAAUACGAGUAUCAUUUGUUUGGACAGGAUGUCACCGUGGUGAUGACCUCUGUGUCAGGACAUUUACUGACAUGCGGAUUCUUGUCACAUUUAAAAAACUGGCAUAGCUGCAAUCCUGUAUCUUUGUUUGACGCAGAGGUCCAGAAGUUCUGUCCUGACAACUAUGUAGAUAUCAAGAGAACGUUAGAGCGUGAGGUACGACAGUGCCAGGCUCUCGUCAUCUGGACAGAUUGUGAUCGAGAGGGGGAGAACAUUGGUUUUGAGAUCAUUGAGGUCUGCAAGGGAGUGAAGCCAAACUUGCAGGUUUUUCGGGCCCGUUUCUCUGAGAUCACCCCUCGUUCCAUCCGCCAAGCGUGUGAGAAUCUUUUAGAACCUGACCAGAAUGUCAGUGAUGCUGUAGAUGUGAGGCAGGAACUUGACCUCCGAAUAGGUGCUGCCUUUACAAGGUUCCAAACCCUCCGCCUUCAGAAGAUAUUUCCCUCCGUUUUGUCUAACCAGCUUAUUAGUUACGGAAGCUGUCAAUUCCCCACUCUGGGGUUUGUGGUGGAGAGAUUCAAAGCUAUCCAGGCCUUUAUUCCUGAGACGUUUUACAAGAUCAAAGUAACCCACGAACAUGAAGAUGGAACUGUAGAUUUUGGCUGGAAAAGGAACCGCCUGUUUAACCACACUGCCUGCUUGGUUCUCUAUCAGAUCUGUAUGGAGAAUCCAGUUGCAACAGUUGUUGAAGUUGGAAGUAAACCAAAGAGCAAAUGGAGACCUGUCGCUCUGGACACAGUGGAGAUGGAAAAGUUGGCUUCUCGUAAGCUGAAAAUCGGAGCUAAGGAAACCAUGAAAAUUGCAGAAAAGCUUUACACACAGGGAUUCAUCAGUUACCCCCGCACAGAAACCAACAUUUUUCCAAAGGAUUUAAAUUUGACAUCGCUGGUAGAGGAUCAGACACAAGACCCUCAAUGGGGAGGAUUUGCUCAGCGCAUUCUGGAGAGGGGAGGGCCAACUCCACGAAAUGGGAGUAAGACAGAUCAGGCCCACCCUCCCAUCCACCCCACUAAAUACACCAAUAAUCUGCAGGGAAAUGAGCAGCGAAUCUACGAGUUCAUAGUGCGCCACUUUUUGGCAUGCUGCUCUCAGGAUGCCCAAGGACAGGAGACAACAGUGGAAAUUGACAUUGCUGCUGAGCGAUUUGUGGCUCACGGAUUAAUGAUAAUUGCCAGGAACUAUUUGGAUGUAUAUCCCUACGACAAGUGGAGCACAAAGAUCAUCCCUGUAUAUGAGAUGGGUUCCCAGUUCCAGCCAACAACUGUGGAAAUGGUUGAUGGGGAGACAAGCCCGCCACAGCUUCUUACCGAAGCAGAUCUGAUUUCGCUUAUGGAGAAGCAUGGGAUUGGUACUGAUGCUACACACGCUGAGCACAUUGAGACAAUCAAGUCACGCAUGUAUGUGGGUCUAACGCCAGAGCAAAGGUUCCUUCCUGGAGAACUGGGAAUGGGACUUGUAGAAGGGUAUGAUUCCAUGGGCUUCGAGAUGUCCAAGCCAGAUCUCCGUGCAGAGUUGGAAGCUGAUCUGAAGCUAAUCUGUGAAGGGAAGAAGGAAAAAUUCACGGUUUUGAGGCAUCAGAUACAGAAAUAUAAACAGGUCUUUAUUGAGGCUGUUAACAAAGCAAACAGAUUGGAUGAAGCUCUGUCCCAAUAUUUUGGACAAGCCAUUGAACCAGUCCCGCAGCAAGAAAUCUUCGCCGAGACUCCUGUACCCGUACGAAAAUGCCCUCAGUGCAACAGGGACAUGGUGUUGAAAACCAAGAGAGAUGGAGGAUUCUUCCUUUCGUGUGUGGGAUACCCAAGCUGUAAAUCAUCUGUCUGGUUCCCCAGCUCUGUCCUAGAGGUAUCACGAGAUGACAGUAUAUGCGACAUCUGCAGGCCUCAUCCAGUCCACAGGUUGAAGCUGAAGUUUAAGCGGGGUAGUGUUCCACCUCUAAUGCCUUUGGAGUUUGUCGGGUGCAUUGGAGGAUGUGAUGAGACCCUGAGAGAGAUCCUGGACCUCAAGUACUUACAUGGUUCAAGCAGAGCCCCACAACCUGUUUCACAGGAGAGAAACCAUCUACAAGUGAACCAAACUAGCAACCGCAUGGGGGGCAGUGGAGCAGGUCGAGGCCGGCAACCACCAGCUAAAAGGGACAAGAAGCCAAGUGUGGUGAGCCCUGCUGCCCGCACAGUUGUCUUAGCAGCCCCCAUUAAUAAUGAGAACAAUGAAGUGGUUUGUAAUUGUGGACUGAGUGCUGUUCAGCUUACUGUACGCAAGGAGGGACCCAACCAGGGACGUCCGUUCUACAAGUGCAGUGGAGGAAGCUGCAAUUUCUUUCUGUGGGCUGAUCAGGAGGGUGGGGCUGGUGGGAGUACUUCAGCAGGACAGUCUUCUGUGGGGCGACCAUCUACUUCCUUUAAUAAUCCUAGGGUACCAGAUGGCUUCAGAUCUGGAGGGGGAAGCACUGAUGACUCUGGGAUUGGAGGGCAGACUUUGUGCAUGUGCAACCAACCUGCUGUGACACGAACGGUUCAAAAGGAUGGAGCCAACAAGGGUCGGCAGUUCCACACAUGUCCCAAGCCCAGGGAACAGCAGUGCGGCUUCUUCCAAUGGGCAGAUGAGAACGCCCCUCCAGCUCCUGCUGGUGACUUCUCUAGUCCAUUUGGAAGAGCCCCUGCUUCACGAGCAUUUGGGACAAAAAACAAAAGAUCAGACUCUGGCUCCUCAGGGCCGACUGCAAAGAAGCAGAGAACAUGUGGCAUCUGUCACCAGCCGGGACACAACAGAACCAACUGCCCCCAGAACAGAUGAAGAAUGGACUUAAAUGGUGUACAUAGUAUAUAAUUGUGCUGCAGUUAUAUGGGUAGAGAGUUGCUAAGUUUUAUUAAGGUUUCUAUUUCAGAGACAGAUCUUCUUUCUUAUUAAAUCCAGUUUGAUUUCUAUUCUCCCCCCCCCCCCCCACACACACACACACUUUUGCUACAUAGUUAUUGUAUAGGUGAAAUGCUCUUAAAGGGAUACUAAACCUAACAUUUUUCUUAUCAAUUUUUAUUUGUACUCUUUGUAUCUUUAUUUGAAAAAGCAGGAAUGAAAGCUUUGGAGCAGGCUCAUUUUAGGUUCAGCACCUGGGUUGCACUUGCUGAUUGGAUGGCUAAAUGUAGCCACCAAUCAGCAAUCACCAAAGCUUUCAUUCUUGCUUUUUCAAAUAAAGAUACCAAGAGAACAAAUAAAAAUUGAUAAUGGGAGUAAAUUCGAAAAUUGCUUAAAACUGCAUACUCUAUCCGAAUCAUGAAAGAAAAAAUUUGGGUUUAGUAUCACUUUAAACGCAUAACCACUACAGUGAGUAUUGAAAAUGCAAAUACAUUAAUUUUUAUAACAAUUUUAAGUGUAUAUACUGUUACCAACAAAUUACAUUUUAGAGAUGAUCUGAAUUUAUCUCUGUAUAAUAUUGUACUGCAUUUUCUGACACAAUCUGCAGUUAUUUGUAUAACGUUAUUUUAAAAUGUACAAAACUGGUCAACAAAUGUGUUAUAAAAAUGCAUUUUCACUGUUGUAAAUCAUGUGAUUUUCUCUGUUUUAGAGGUAUCAGACCUAAAUAAUUGGAGAAUGUUCUUCCGCACUCAACAUGGCAGCAAAUCAAUAAGGUUAUAAUUAUAAAUGUUGAAGUAGUCUCAUA